CCAUCCUCCUUCAAACAAUCAAAUCACCUUCUGUUGAUUCCAUCCUCGUCCUCACAGUUCGAUCUCUUCCGUACAAAAGUAAUUCAAUGGCGGAACAUUAAACAGAACAAGAACCCAAUGGCUCCAAGAACCCACUUGACAGAUCUCGGAAGCAUAGCCAGCGUUGAUCUGACCGAAUUAGGCGCAGGCAAGGAAGGUUGGCUUGAUAACCCUAAUGUCCUCUGUGCUCUCGAUACAAAUUCUCUUGCCAUCGCCAGCCGUUACUUCCUCCUUGUUCUUGAGUGGUCUACCGCCUCUGGUCUUGCUGGUUUUCGGGUCAAGAUCCGACCCAAUCUCUCCCCGAUUGAGGCAGAAUAUAUAUCUGCUCUUGAGUGGUUUGUGUUCGAUGAUAUUAGGGUUAUUGCCAUCGGAACAUCUUGUGGGUACUUGUUGAUUUACUCACUUGGAGGCGAUCUUAUUCACAAACAGCUUGUAUAUCCUGGACGGAUUCUAAGGUUAAGAGUCCGUGGAACUAAACGGGAUAUUACAGAAGAUACAUCAUCAUUCGAGGAAGUGUGUGUAGUUAUACCGGGCAUAAUUGCUCGUUUUGAUGGAUCCGACAUUCAGAGGGUAUUGCAGCGAUGGUAUCAGGAAACUCAAAAUCGGUUUUGGGAUCAAUCAGCAGAUCGAGAUUUAGAAGAAUCUGAAAAUUCUUACGCCCGUCUUCCUUACCAACUUUGGAACGUUAGUAAAUAUGGUUCAUGUGUUGAUGCUGCUGUAACUGGUGUCAUGCCGCCUCCUCUUCUGGAACUACAGUCAAGUGAUCGCUACUAUUGUGCUGUCACCAUUGGAGUCGAUGCUGCAAUUUCAGCAUUCAGGCUUUCUGAAGACCGAAGCAGGUCCUUUGUGGGAGCCAUUAUGUCGAAGGUUUUUCCUGCAACAUUUUCAACCAUCGCUUCUUUCUCCAAAUUGCUAUGGAGGAGCAACCAACCCACAAAAAAGCCAGAACCAAAGCCACAACCAUUUGCACGAGCUUUGCCUCUGACGUGUUUGAAAGAUCACCCAAGAAAGGGAGAGAAGUUAACCUUAUCGCCUAGCGGGACUUUGGCUGCAAUAACGGAUUCACUUGGUCGUAUCAUGCUCUUGGACACUCGAGCCCUUGUGGUCGUACGCUUAUGGAAGGGGUAUCGAGAUGCUAGCUGCCUUUUUGUGGAAAGACUUGUAAAUAAAGACACUGCAGGAGCUCAUGAACACGUGAAGAACGAUUAUUCCUUAUGUCUGGCCAUUCAUGCCCCUCGAAAGGGCAUCGUUGAGAUAUGGCAGAUGAGGACGGGACCGAGGAUUCUGACCGUCCCAUGCCCGAAAGGAAGCAAAAUACUGCAACCGACGUACAGAUUUGGAUCGACGGAUGGUUCAUCGUCGUAUAAACCGUUGGAAGUUUUCUUUCUGAAUGGAGAUUCUGGUCAACUUUCAAGACUAAACUAAACUGAUGGAUGUGGGUUUUCUUUCAUUUGCAUAGAGGUGAAAUGUUGAUGUAAACAUGAAUCUAACCUUCAUCUGCCAUUUUAGCAAUUGGAAGGAAGAACAUAAAAGUGUUCCAAAAUCCAAAUAUGCACUUUUUGACU